GAACUUGUCUAUUUGUUGUGUGUGUCACUUUAUUUUAUUUUGGAAUUGCAAGAGUAAAGGGUUUUCCAAACGGAACGCCCCUUUUCCCUCGAAAUAUACUUCAUUGUUCCACUUAAUUAAAAGUGGCCGGAAGCUGAUCAGAUCACCCAGUCUUAAAGGGUUAUCAAACUGUGUAAAGUUGUUCCAUCAUCAUGGUUCCUGUCAGUUCUAAGUUACAGAACGAAAUGCUACUUGACCUAGCGCGCAAUUUACGCCAAGAGAGAUUACUCAUUGGUUCCGAACGACAGAAUCUACAGACUCUCAAUAAAAAGGUGUCAGAGGCACUUGAAAAGCUUCAUCAACUUGCUUGGGUUGCCAGUCAGCAAAGAAUCAAUCUUGAUGGCCUAAUAAUCUCCCGUCUUGAGGUCAGUCCAUCCUUUUCCUGCCAACAGGCUAAUGCUCUGGAGGGAGCCUGUUUCAUUGAGGGUUAUAGACACUUGGGUUUCCAUGAAGCUCUCUUCAGUGAAUUCCUCCAACGGUUAAGAGAAAAUGCACCCUUGUUAGCUGUGUGCUUGGCCAGUGGCGAGAAGCUCAGCCCUGAAACCAUGCCCACAGUCAUCAGUGUCGUCACUUCCAGUCUUUAUGCAAACUUCCUGUUGGGUGAUGAUGAAAAGUACUGCCUACAACUCUUGAAGCAUUUGAUGGAAUUGCAACUUGUUAGUUCUGAAAACCCAAGGAGACUUCUCCGACAUGGAAGCUGCGCCUUUAGUCGGUUGUACAAAGCAUUUACCGAGGGGCUAUUCUCAGCCAAAGUUUUUCUAACGGCUGCCCUUCACGACCCUAUUCUUUUCCUGUUAAUGGAAGAUGAGAUGUAUCUUGACGUUGAUCCAAUCCGGGCCAUCAACCGCUACCCAUCCUAUGAGCGAGAGAAACGAUUUGGUCGCGAAGGCACACCAGAGUUUAAUUCCGCUAUUCAAAAAUAUCGCACCACUGCUAUCGAUCGUCUAGUUCAGCUGACACAAAGAUUUGUGUCAGGUUUAGCUGCCAGUGUCGCUUGUUUUCCAUCGAGUGUCGCCUGGUUAGUUCGUCAAAUGCGAUCACUCUUAACCCAUUCAAUGCGAAUUGAUGCACGGCAAGUUCACGCUAUUUGCGUUGAUUUGGUCUUCGCAUUCUUCAUCUGUCCUGCCAUUGUCAACCCAGAUCCAUGUGGUAUCGUCGAGGCCCCAAUCUCGCCAAUAGCCCGGUCCAAUUUGAUUCAAGUGGCCCAGAUCCUUCAGGUGUUGGUUCACUCUAAAUGGGAACCUUUUGAUCCUAAACUGGAUGACCUUUACUCUCGUUUCGACAAAGACUGUGUGUCAUCGAUUUUGGAUGCAAUUCUAGAUGACGGAACUCCAUCAGCCAAUGUGACCCCCUUUUCUCCUUCAUCAACUCAGUCAUCUCCAUCGGCAGAUCCGUCAGUCGAUACUCAUAGACUUUUAUUAGGUUUGAAUCGCUCUGUCGCUCUGGUGACCGAAAGCGAAUUGCAGACUUUCGUUCAAUUCCUUCGGACCGUACUAGCAAAUGAUGGACUAGAAGCAAAUGAUAAGAGAACGCUUGAAAGUUUGCUGCAGCCUGUACCCCUGUUAUGCUCCCCAGUCAAAUCUACUCUGUCGCAGAGUAACGGAGAUUUGACUCCUUCCUCAAAUGGAUUAACUGUAGAAUCUUCCGGGUCUUCGCCGAAAGGAAAACGGAAUCUCCUAGAUAAAGUCAAUAUUCGUGUUCGCUCUAAAGCUGCCAAUCUUCUUCAAAGAGACAGCGACCAUUCUUUUGGCAUUUGGUCCAGUUCUGACGAUUCUGGUGAAUUGGGCACGCCUCGUCAUUCAAACGGCGAAGAAUCUCCUAGUUCGUCAGGGGCUGUCAUCGGGCACGUCCUAGUCAUCCCCUUUAGUAGCAAAAAUGAAGAAUGCAUUGGCAUGUUGUCAGAGCAACAAGUCUUGGCAAUUGAACAGGAAAAAGAGUCAACUCGAGCAUCGUUGGAUGGCAGUUCUGUUCAAGGCGCCGAAGAAAUGCAGCAAAAUCCCGUACAAGAAAAACGGACUCGUUUCUCUUUGUCGCACGACGAAGGAUCUAUCGGAAAUACAAGCGACAACCUUGAGGCUGUAUCAGAAGCUGCAUCUAACCACAGUGUUGAAUCCUCAGUGGAGUCGGAGAACGACGAAGCAGAGCAAGAUCCGAUUGACAAUCUUUCGGAUAUGGUAUCAGCUAAUGUUUCAGGUAGAGGUUCGCCUAAUGUCUCUGGAAGAGAUACUCCGUCUUCUCAGGUUACUGAAGGAGAUGAGGGUGCUUCGAGAAGUGGCAUUAAUGAACAACGGCCGUUGUUAAUGCAGGCCGUUCCGCCCAAGCCUUCGGACAUUGAUGACCGGUUUGGUCGUUUUGAUGUUAAAGAUCUGAUUCUAGGCGAUGAGACCCGAUCGCUUGUUAGUGAUUCUUGGAGCACCGAUGUUUUGGGUAGUGAUAGUGAACUAGCAAACGAGACCGCUGAUAGGGAUCGACAGUCUGACAGACCGCCACUUGAAGAUAUUGUUCUUCCAGGCCGUCACUUACUCGUGGAAGCAGAAGCAGGACUAUUUGACGUCUCAGAGACGGCAUCUGAAGCCUGGAGCACUGACGUUGUUACCUCGGACACUGAACGAAUGGCGGAAGUGGAUACAGAUGAAACCAGUAGUGUGGCUCGUUCGGAAGCUGACAGCGAGCAAGACUCUACAACAUCCAUGCUCGCUGUCAACGCUGGGUCAUCUCAUUUGGGCGCCAUCCAGCGAAUUCGUGGGAGAAUGUCGGGCAGCCUUUUCCGUCCAAUACGAGAAGCAAGUGUGGAACAGCUUCAAAACUUAAGCCUUCAGUCACGCUCAGCACCCCAGCAGGAAUCUUCUUCCAACGUUUCCAACGGCCCAAUGUCUUCUUCCUCUUCAUCUUGCAGCAGUCAUGGCAGUAUAGCUAGCAGUGCAAAAGGAUUGGCAACCUCAACUGCAGCUGUCGGGGCUAUGGUGAAUACGACUUCGUCUUCUGCAAUUGGAACGGCAACUUCAAUAUCAAAUGGUGGUCAACAAGCGUCAACAGGUGCCAUUCCUAAGAGCAUCAGUUUUGACAAAACAGCUGAUCGCGGUGAUAAAGAAAAUUGCUACGAUGACGAGAACAAAAACAAGCGAGGGUUUUUCCGCAACUUUAAACUUCCUUUCAAACGAGGAGGGCGUACUAAAGACCGUUCAAGUGCAGUUGAUCAUCCGGACAACGUAAAUUACGCUAGUUAUAACCGCUCCUUACGUAGAUCAGCAUCGGAAGAGGCCCGCACUGCAUUAGCAACCGAAAGUUCAGAUGACAUUUUGGCGAAGUAUCGUUCUAAAGGAUCUAACCUCGCCGGCCAAGGAGAUGCCAGCGCAUCUAAUGGAACUCAAUCGAUGGUGGCCUUCAAUUUGGCUGAAGAACAUUCAGUGGAUGAGGAUGAGGGUGAAGAUGAACGCCAGCAUAUCGACCCAUUAAAUAUCGAGUCAUCAUAUGCUUUUGCUGAUGCAAAGAGGAAGCUGAGACUCGUUCUUAGCACGGCGGACGUCCAGUCACUUCACGUCAUGAACAAUGCCACUGCUGCCAGCAAUAGCACAGAGCACGAAUUGAUCAUAUUUCUCAAACUGCAACUAGCUGAAGCCAUUAACCUGCAGGAUCGCUCACUGGUCGCCCAGCUUCAUGAGACGUUGCGUUGCGUCCGACUCUUUGACGCGAUUGGAUGCUCUAAGCUCUUUCAUUCUCUUAAAGAGGACUACAAGGGUCGAGCACCUUACCUUUCAUACUUGAUCCAAUGUCGUCAGUCAUUGCUCUCCGUUUUGGCUCAUUUAGAGCGAUUGGCUAAUCGCGUAGAGCAGGACAAGGCUGUCUGUCACCGUUUCCUCAUAUCCGUUUGCGUCCGCCUGUUUCUUGAGAGGCGAGAAAAGCAACUCAACGAUUUCGUCGUUGAAUUCCAGCAAUUGCACGCAGCUGACGAGAAGGCUGACUGGCUUGAAUCAUUUCUGCAUCGUCUUUCAGCAGAAUUAGAACGCGAUUCCAUGUGGCAAUCUGCUAGUCGAUACCAAAUUGAGCUAGCCCAGACUGCUGUUGAACAAAGGUUGAUGGCUUUGAUUUAUAAUUAUGCUCUUUAUCCAAAUGGCGAUGGCGACGUUUCUAGAGAUCAGGUUCUCUACGAGCACAUUGAAAAGUUGGGACAAGUGGUUACUCCUAGCCACAAGGAUUUGAGAAUUCCUAAAAUUUAUCGCUACGAAUGUCCUUGGCCAUCAGCCCAGGCGGAAUUGGUCUCUAUUAGUGCUUACAAAACACCUCGUGAUAAAGUAGCUUGCGUCAUCCGCUGCGCCACAACCAUUAUGAAUCUCCUUUCACUAGCCGCUGCUGCAGCUGAACGUGGCGUCCCGGCCGCUGAUGAUUUCAUGCCCGUUUUUGUCUUCGUCAUAAUCAAGGCUAAUCCUCCUUGUCUGCUGUCGACCGUUGAGUACGUCAACAGUUUCUUUGGCAACCGCUUGGAAGGAGAAGAUCAGUAUUGGUGGACGCAAUUCUGCUCGGCUAUCGAAUUCGUCAAGACGAUGGAUUACGGACAUUAAGCGCCACAUAAAGUGCGGCAAAAAAAUCCGUGCCAUAAGUUACAGGAUACUUGUUCUGCUAUAGAACAUUAUUAAUCUCUUUUGUGGUGGUUUAAAUAACGUACCUUUUACAUUUUUGGUUUGCUCAUAUUGUUGACAGUAAGCAGAGGAAACUGUACAUGUCAUUGUACAUAUUUGUUAUUUGUUGCAGAGUUAGUACUUUAUUUGGCAUUUCAGAGGGUUGCGAUAAGAAUAUUAGCAAUCAAGAUCGUGAUGGAAAGCUUGUUUCAUGACAUUUUUAGUUCUUGUUCAUCAUAGUUUACCUCAUUUUGUAAAUAUAUAGAUUUUGCUUCA